CUUCCAUACUGCAUCCAAGGACAUGUUCGAAUCGAGGAAAAUAGCGCCAGCUACUGAUUCAAACACGUCGCCUAAAGCUUUUGGAACUUCGACAUCUUCCGCUUCAUCGCAUUCGUCCUCCGAUAUUAGAUAAUACUGUUGAAAAAAAAAAAUAAGAAAUACACUAAGUAGAAUAAUACUUUCCAAACAUUUUUAUUUCAAAUUAAGUACCUCCUCGCUAAUACUGUGCCCAUUUUCCUGUUGUAUCCGUACGAAUCUAUCAAUGACUUCGUUUAGGCCUGGGGAUAGGUGCCUGAAAUACUUGUGGAAACCAUGCCGCACCGCCAGCGAAGCAAAUAUGGUGUUGUUGACCAGAGCCGAUCGCAGAUCCGUCAGGGCGCCUGGUGAAUGCUGGCGAGGAUCUUCGUACAGAUGUCUGGUUAUUAGGUAAUCGAGAACAGCAUCCCCCAGGAAUUCCAACCGUUGAUAGCAGUCGGUUAGACGAUUCGGACAAUAGGAAGCAUGAGUCAUGGCUUGCAACAGGUAGGAACGGUCUCGAAAUCUGUAUCCCAAAAUGGCUUCGAAUUUAUCAUACCCGUCUAAGAGAUGAUUCAGGGUCGCGAUAGGAUUUGGAGCGUACGUAAGUAAAGGUGAUUUAGGAGCAUUCCAGUAGCCGUAUACCGAUUGAAACAGCUGACCAUCUUUCUCGUAGCUACUAGAGCUACCUGGUAUGCGUGGUUUAGUAGGAUCAUACGGUACUUCGGACACCGGAAGAACUCUGAUACCCAGCCAAGCCAUCAACAGUAAAGCACCACGUGGACCGCAUUCUAUCAGAUAUGCUCCAAUCAGAGCUUCCACGCAAUCUGCCACGGAUUUAUCGGGAAUGCUAUGCUGUGUAACUAAAUUGUAAGGAAUGAAGCAGGCAAAGUAGUCAGAAUUCUUGAUGAACUCGUCGUUCCGUACUUCCAGUUGUUGAAUUUCCUUCAUCUGCUCACCUUCUUCGUUAUCUGACUAAAGAUUCAGGCAAUAAAUAUAACCGGUUAAAAAAUUACCCACGAAAAAUAAAAAAUCAAAACUUACAUCAUCAAGCAGAUCUAGAGCUUGAGCGCGAUCUUUGACUAGCUUACAAAUUUCUUCACUGGAAAGUUGUUUUAUGUCGGGUAAGUCGGCUAGGUUCCAGUAACAAGCAGGGAUCUGUGCAAAAUUCAUGAUGUUUUAUUGAAUGAAAACUGCAUGGACGUGCGUAAGGGACUUCUAAGUUAUCCUUGGCAAAAGCCAUUGGGAAUUCAAAAUUAAAUGAAAAGAUGAAAAGCUCGGUGGGGGAGAUUCAAGUGGAAAAGAUAACCUAAAUCUACAUAUAACUUGCAAACCGCAGUGUCUUAAAAAAUCUUACCUUUGCAUCGAUAAGCGCCUGUUCAAGUUCCUUGGGCACGUAGUAGCACGGGGGCAGCCAAUUAUCAUGCGGUUCAAACUUGGUCGCUAUCAUACUCUCACCCAACACUUUCCGACGACCGAGCCGGUAGAGAUUUAGAUUCGAUACCUGUUUCGAUCGCAAGUGACUGAGCUUACCUUCGUGCACGUUCUCGUAGGUGCAAUAGAGAUAAGUAGUGAUGGCGUACUUCAAAAAUGAAUCUCCUAUAGUUUCCAACCGCUCUAAAUUGAUCCCAUCGUUGGCAUUUGACAUUGUAAGCGCUUGUAGAAUUAUGCUUGGACUUGGCCCUGGAUGAUUCUCCAAAUUUGGCUGGUAGUCAAAGCUAAAGUCAUUUAAUUCGUGGACUUCGCUUGUGUCGACGUAUUCUUCGAUUGCAUUCAAAUGUACACCAGAUUUUUCUCUUGACAAUUUUCCAGGAACUUCAUUUACAAACGGAUUAUCAAUGCACAGUGUUAUGCUUUUUUCAUUACUGGAACCAAGUUUUAACAAAUGUUCAUCAUUGAAAUGAUCAAAAAUAUCUCCUGUUCCCAUUACAUCAUACGUUUCGGGAAAAUAUAGUUUGUUAAUUUCAUAGAAACUAUCCAGCGUCAAAUAUCUCGAUCCAUCACUUGCGCUUUUUAUAUAACGUUCAACGACUUCCGGACUUGCAUAAGGAAACAAAUCAAGAAUAUUUUGAUUGUCGAUACCCUGAGUUUUCGCAGGACUUUUCAGUAAGCUUUGUAUGCUCAAAGUAUCAUCAUAUUUUACUAAAGCUCCACAACUUCUGAGAUGACGUUUGAACUCAGUGGUUGAUUUGCCAAACUCUGCUGCAUGCAUUUCGGCGAUACUCUGCAAAUCUUCACUUUUAGUACAAUCGAAGCCACUACCAAUGUUUUUCGAAUUUUGAUACAACUGCUCGUUAAUAUUGAUGCUGUUUAAAAUAUCUCUCUGCUUCUGUCGUUUCAAUAUAUCAUCCUCCGAUUCAAUGGCCUCAGCAACGUUAUCAGAUUUAAAUUCAAUUUUCAAACCAUACUCUUCCUCGGAAUUGGCCACGCUGCCAUUAUCAAACUCAUCAUCCGAACCGAAUGAAGCUUCUGAAUCAGUAUAAUACCGAGCCUCGUUACCGUUUGUUACCUUCGUUCUAACAUCCCAUGAUGUUGGCGAUCCGUAUCGUAUGUUAGCUGUAAUUGUACCAAUUAAUCAUAUUCCGACAUUUAUAAAAACUGGAUCUUACUUUUAUUUCUCGAGCACAUCUCUAUAUUUGAAGGCAAUCCCCAAUUUUCGUCGUCGCUCAUUGCAUCAAUCCGUACACUUUCUGCCAUUUCAUUAGACCACGUACCAAUUUGGAAGCUGUCUCCUUUAAGUUUUUCCUCGGCUUCUUCCAGUAAAUCGUUGGCAGUUUUUUCUUGUCCAUCUAACGGUGGUUCAGGCUCUUUAGGCUCUUCCAAUUUGGUUUCGCUUUCAUUUUCCAUCUUUAUCUCCUCACAUUCGACUGUUUCAUUACGAACAACUUCCACUACCUCUUCCAAAGCACACAGUUUAGCAUCUCUAGACUUUUUCAGUACAUCUGCUAAACUCCAGCCAAAGUUCAAAAUGGGCCACUCGAAGUUCCCGUUUGAAAGGUUUGCCACACCCAGCCCAAGAUCCCUUGCCACUUCUUUGCGAAUUUCGUCAGCUAGUAACAACGCGUUGAUUCGAUACAAUAUACAGGGCAAGCACACCGCAGCGCGCCAAAGUGAAGCCGAAAACGGAUGAAUGGUACAAAGCUCUGGCACGAGAAUCUGUUUUUGUUCGAGAUUUUCACGCUUAGCACGUUUCGUUUCCUCUGAACUCGUGGGUAAAGCGACACCUUUACGAUUAACGUAUCUGAAAUGGAGUGAUUUAUCAGUACUGAGGACUUAUGUCGGUUUAAGAUAUCACGGUUAUUAUAUAAAGUACAUAUUCAUGGAAAAUUACCAUUUUUGAAUAAAAUGUGGAAAAUAAUACCAACACCGUUAAGCUUCGGCUUCACAACCAUUUCUAAUCGUUGAACGUUUAAAGAAAUAAACUAUCAAACAAUUCUAAACACAUAAAUAGCCCUAUUAUAUUAUCUCACGACACUACAGUAGUAUUUGAGGCUUACUGAUGUGAAAAGAUUUUAAUUAGUUACAACACAACCUACCUUGGCGUGAGAAAGUUCAAACGAGCGCUUGUAUGAUCGACGUCUAGUAAGGGUUGCUUGCAGUUCUGUAUCUGAAUGUUGUAUUUCUUGUGAUAAUAUUCCUCAAAUGUACUAUAGUUCAAUCCUGGGAAGGAACUUUUCGGUGACAGGUGGUAGCAUAUCUCUGCAACAUAGAAAUACUGCGGCUGGUCUUGGUUCCGAUACCACGGCAUGACGACAGCAUCCUUAAAAUUGCUGCUAUCAAAGCAAUAGCUUUUACGGAUAUCGUCUGAUACAAACGUUGGCAUCUUAUCCACAUUUUUGGCGAUUACGUCAAUGAAUUCCCAAUCCACAUUUACGGUGCCGUUGUCUCGUGUUAUGGUUGGAACGAUGAAGAAACAAUUCUCUGUUGCUUCUGGAUCGUAUAACAUGAGAUAUUUUUGCAACCGUAAUACUUUGGUGAAUGUAUAGUUAAUAAAUAAAUUUAUUUUAUCCAACUGCUGCUGAUUGAGAACAGUUCUCUCACUACAUAGAUUAAGUGCUACUUUUACCUCCCCUGAGCGCGUAAAUAUUGGAAAGGCGCUGACUUUAGGAAUAAGUUUUGUUGUGAGAAUGCCAAAACCUUGGGGAGAAUCUUCUGGAGGAUAUAUUUUACGCCCACGAGUAUUUUGCUCUUCUGGUAUUGGGCACUGCAACGUCAUGUUGAUAUGGUAAAGAUAGACUUGGGAACCAAUAGUUGGCCGACAUUCGGAAAAUGCUGAUGCAAUCUGUAAACAAAAACAGGUUAGUGUUCGAUUUUUUUAAAAGUACAUUAUUCAAAAGCAUACCCUUUUAUAGUAAUACUGUCUUCGUUUGGUCGUUCCCGGGCGGGGUUCACUGUUUUCACUGACGAUUUGUGCAUCGAUUUGUUCCAACUCAAAGUCUUCCCAGUCAGCUUCAAACGCACGAAACGAUUCUUUACCUAUUGGCUGAAGAGUGUCGUCUAGCUCCCCUGCCUUAAACAGCACUCGACACGCAAUGUAGGCCGCUAUGCGCCGAGCUAAGAUCUCUGUUGGCAUCGGUAAACCCUUGAAAAUGAAGAUGAAAAAUGAUCGAACUCGUCUCAUCUCCAAAGUCAGAGCUCCGGUCUUGGAUAACUUUUACAUAACUACCCAAAAAUGUGUUGUCCUACCUAUCAAUGAAAUAACCUACGGAAUUACGAAUGAUCAAAGCAGCCCUUCGAUGUUCGAGAAGAGAAUUUACAGAAACAAUAUGAAUACAACAAGUUCAAAUUCGUCUAACAGUAAGAGGGAUUCGAUCCGUACAUCAUCGUCUGAAUCCAUAAUUCGCUUGCUGAAGGAACACCGCGAAGCGAUACAAAAUGUUGCAAAACAAUGCAUGCCGAUGCGCGAUUUAGAUGAAUUUGGCGCAAAUCUGCGUAAAUGCGCUUCUACGCUCGGAACUGCGAAACCAAUUCCUUUAUCGUCCAGCAGCUGCACCACGUUUGUACCACAUCACAUUUACACUAUUGAUGAGCAGACCGAGCAUUCAAACGUGUCCCUACGUAAAUCAAGCAGUAAGGAUUCGAGCAAUGAAGAGUUAAGACAACGCUUGCAACGCUUAAGGCAGCUUUCAGCGGCUGCUAGAAACGUUCAAAGACCAAUCAGUCGGCGGGGAUCUUUGAGCACAUCUCCAGCGAUCGUAACAGCACGCAUAAACUAUCAUGAAAGUAUCGUUAAUAAAUUUGAGCUUAUUGAUCGAUUUCUUCAAGAUCAAGACCAGAUUGAGCAAGAAAAUGCCAAAACUAGCGAAGGUGAAUCAUUAAUGUCGAUCACUCAGCGGUACAAUCAUCGAUCUCAAUCGAGCAUAGAAAAGAAUCGUGUGAUCAAAAGCCUUUGUUGUAGUUGUAUAUAGAAUAUUAUAAGAAAUAAUCGAACAGCAUAGAGCAAAUAAAGACUCCUGGUGGAGGAUAACUUAAUAA